AUGCUCGGUCCCCAGGUUAGCGGAGGAGGAGUCCGGCUGAGAGAGUGGAACAGAGUCUGGAGGCACAGUGCAGGUGCCCGGGAGCUGUCCGGGCGGCGGCAGAGAGAGAGGCCUGCCGCGGCGUCCGGACGCUCAGGGCCCUGUGAAGAGGGCACAGGAGGACAGGCAGCGGCCGCGCGGGAGAAGCCGCCGGAAAGGCAGGAGUGUGAUAACCCGCAGGCCUGGCGGGGACGGGAGGACGCGCCCAGACCUUGGAAAACCUUCUCUUUCAAACACUUGCCCCCGUCCGAGCGGCCCAGGCCUUCCGGGCAACAAUGCCUGUCCGCCAUCCAUGCCACAGGACACCUAAUCCCGCUGCCCUCUCCUUCCAAGACCGGGCCACGCUCUCCGGACCCGAUGGCAGGGGCUCGGGGCGCCCAGGAGCGCCUCGCUCACGCCCAGCCCUGCUCCUCUCGCCUUGGGAGCGUUCCCCUGCGGCCCCGAGCUCUGCACCUCAGGAAUGAGGAGAUGAAAGGGACCGUCGGGGCUUUUUCCACCAGAGGCGAAAGCAUUUUAUAG